UGCUCUGUGGCUGUGCAAGCCGAGGACACGGUUUUGUCGUGCUUGUCAUACCCUGCACAUAAUUCACCGCGCCAAUUCAGUCAGGCCGCGCUCAGUCGUACGCCAAAGCUUUACUGUCCGCCUUUUGUGGAGGGGGAAGGCAGGUGCGGAGCGAUAAUUACCUUGCUCAAGGAGACACCGGGAGCCCACCGGUGUCAGGACCCGGCCCCGGACGGCUGGGAGCGCGGCGUGGAAACCUCAGGCGCCGGCGGGGCCGGGCGUCCGGCCGCUGAAGGGUGCGGCCACAUCCCCCGCUCGCCACCACAUCCGCGAGCCCUGGCGGCGCCGCCGCGCCCACUCUCGGGGUCUGCCAGCCGCGCUCCGCGGACCCGGAGAGCGCAAGGCGCGCGCUGGCGGCGGGAAGCUCGCAGCGCCUGGGACUAGCGCGACACGUGCGCCCGGAGCGCCGGGAGGGCCGGCUGAGCCGCCGCCCGCAGACCCGCGACGCUCGGAAAAUUACAGAGGUGUAUUCCCGAGCUGACUGUUCAUGGCACAUACAGUUGGAGGGUGCUCAUUGGCACUUAUUUUUAUCAUUGUGUUGUUGUUGGUUAAAGCAAAUAUAGAUGCAUGCAAGAGAGGAGAUGUGACUGUGGAGCCUUCCCAUGUAAUUUCACUUGGAUCAGCUGUCAAUAUUUCAUGCUCUUUGAAGCCCGAACAAGGCUGCCCACAAUAUUCCAGUUUAAACAGGUUAAUCCUCUACAAGGUUAACGAAAAAAUCAAUUUGCUGCAUGGUCACUUCCUCAGUUCUCAAGUCACAGAUCUUCCUCUGGGUACAACAGUGUUUUUCUGCAAAUUGGCCUGUAGCAAAAGGAAGGAAUUACGAAUAUGUGGGGCAGAGAUCUCAGUUGGUGUUGUUCCAGAACAGCCUCAAAACUUAUCUUGUAUACAGAAGGGAGAACGUGGGACUGUGAACUGCACCUGGGACAGAGGAAGAGACACCUAUCUAUAUACUACAUAUACUUUACAGUUAAAUGGACCAAAAAAUUUAACAUGGCAGAAGCAAUGUAAUGGUCAUUAUUGUGACCAUUUGGACCUUGGAGUCAACCUAACCCCUGAAUUGCCUGAAUCCAGCUACACAGCCAAGGUCACUGCUACCAAUAGACUGGGAAAUGCUUCUUCGUUUCCAUCCACAUUUACAUUCUUGGACAUAGUGAGGCCUCUUCCUCCAUGGGAUAUCAGAAUCAAAUGUGUAAACGCUUCUGUGAGCAGAUGUAUCCUUCAGUGGAGCGAUGAGGGGCUGGUGCUGCUUAAUCGACUCAGGUAUCGGCCCAACAGCAGCGGGUCCUGGAAAAUGGUCAAUGCUACAAAUGCCAAGGGAAGACAUGAUUUGCUGGACCUGAAACCAUUUACAGAGUAUGAAUUUCAGAUUUCCUCUAAGCUACAUCUAUUUAAAGGUAGUUGGAGUGAUUGGAGUGAAUCAUUGAGAACACAAACACCAGAAGAAGAGCCUACAGGGACAUUGGAUGUCUGGUACAUGAAACAGCACAUUGACUACAGUAGACAACAGAUUUCUCUUUUCUGGAAGAAUAUGAGUCUAUCCGAGGCAAGAGGAAAAAUCCUCCACUAUCCCGUGACCUUGCAGGAGGUGGCAGGAGGGAAAGUCACACUACAGAAUGUCACAGAACACACCUCCUGGACCUGGGUCGUUCCUAGAACUGGGAAUUGGGUUGUAACUGUGUCUGCAGCUAACUCAAAAGGCAGUUCCCUGCCCACUCGUAUUAACGUAACGGACCUGCUUGGGCCAGGGUUGCUGGCUCCUCGCCAGGUGUCUGCAAACUCGAAGGGUGUGGACAACAUUAUGGUGACGUGGGAGCCUCCCGGGAAAGCUGCACCUGCUGUCCAGGAGUAUGUGGUGGAAUGGAGGGAACUUCACCCCAGGGGUGGCACGCAGCCCCCUCUGAACUGGCUGCGGACUACCCCCUACAAUGUGUCUGCUCUGAUUUCAGAGAACAUAAAGCCCUAUAGCUGCUAUGAAAUCAGCGUGUAUGCGCUGUCGGGGGACCAGAGAGGAGGCAGCUCCAUCCGGGCUAACUCUAAACACAAAGCACCACUGAGUGGCCCCCACAUUAACGCCAUCUCAGAGGAAAAGGGGAGUGUAUUAAUUUCAUGGAAUGAAGUUCCAGCCCAGGAGCAAAUGGGCUGCCUCCUCCAUUAUAGAAUAUAUUGGAAGGAACAGGACUCCAAUUCUCAGCCUCAACUUUGUGAAAUUCCCUAUAGGGUAUCCCCAAAUUCACAUUCAAUAGACAGCCUGCAGCCCAGAGUGACAUAUGUCCUAUGGAUGACAGCUCUGACAGCUGCUGGUGAAAGCCCGCCAGGAAACAAGAGGGAAUUUUGUCUGCAAGCUCCACCUGUCCUGCACACAGCCAGAAGAAUCUUUCUGCAAGACGCCUGCUCCACGCUGACAGUCGGCCUCCUGCGGCUCCCGUCAGUGGUUCCCCAAGGGCCUUCAAGCCGGAAUUCAAACCGCUUCGUUUCCAAGCCCUGUAAAACCAGUUGGAGUGUGUUUGUGGCACCAAGCAUUUGCAUUGCUGUCGUCAUAGUGGGCAUUUUCUCAAUGCGUUACUUCCGGCAAAAGGUAUUUGUUCUUCUUUUGGCCCUCAGACCUCAGUGGUGUAGUAAAGAAAUUCCAGACCCAGCGAACAGCACCUGGGCCAAGAAAUACCCCAUUGUGGAGGAGAAGACGCAGCUGUCCUUGGACAGGCUCCUGACAGAAUGGCCCAAUCCUGAAGAACCUGAGACCCUGGUCAUCACCGAAGUCCUUCAUCAAGUGACCCCAGUCUUCAGACAUCCCUGUCACCCCAACUGGCCGGACAAAGGACAAGGGGUCCAAGGUCACUUCACCUCUGAGGAAGACACAGGGUACAGUGCCUCAAGCCUACCACCUUCAAAAGCUCUCAUAGCAGAGACAGGACAACUAGUGGAUCUGUACAAGAUGCUGGGGAGCAGGGGCCCUGACUCAAAGCCAGGACACCUAGUCAGCCCCUUGACAGCCCUCCCAGUGGACUACCUUCCCACCCAUGAGGGAUACUUACCCUCCAACAUAGAGUAUCUCCCUUCACAUGAGGUUCCUAUAACUGACCCUCUGGAAGAACUAGAGCCUCAGCACAUCUCUCUCUCUGUUUUCCCUUCAAGUUCCCUUCACCCACUCACCUUCUCCUGUGAUAAGAAGCUGACUCUGGAUCGGUUAAAGAUGGGGUGCAGCUCCCUCAUGCUGUAAGUGGUGAAGCUUGGAAAGUCAAUGUGUUCCCAGGCCCCAAUGAGUCCCACUUUCCCAGCCCCCUGCUCCAGUGGUCAACACCUCUGGGUGCUGCCAUCAGGUUUGCAACUAGAGGGCAGACAAGCCGCUCAGGGUCAAUCUUGGGAACUGAGAGUUGGCCUUAACCCAGAUACCUCAUCUUGUCUUCUCCAGAGCCUUAGUAUUACGGUUAACCCUUGAAUAAUGUGAGAGUUAGGGGCACAGGCUUAAAUCAGUGUUUUUUUUUGAGUCCCCAGAAAGUUAACUGUUGGCCUGAUGACCACUCAUUGAUAACAUAGUUUGUUGUAUGUAUUAUAUACUGUAUUCUUACAAUAAAGCUAGAGAAAAUGUUAA